GGCCUUUUCCUUUACCAUUAUUAGGAAAUUUACAUCAACUCUUUUAUCAUCGUUUUAAUACUCCAUUAUGGUUUCACUCAUUACAUUUAAAAUAUGGUGAUGUGGUUGAAAUUUACAAUGGAUCUAAAAGACAAUUGAUCACUAACAAUCUACAAAUCAUUGAACAUGUCAUGAAGCCAGUGAGAAAUAAUAAUUACAUGUUACGUUUUCCACCUAAUGAAGGACUAGAUGCAAUGGGAAAAAGCACCAAGGGAAUUGUUCUGAAUAGAGACAUAAACAAAUGGGCCGAUAAUAGAAAAAUACUCACUAAAGCUAUAACGGCUCCAAAUGUAUUAAAGUUUUCAGCUAAUAUUGCAAAUCGUGUUUUUAAAAACUUAGAAAUUUAUUGGGAUUCUUUAAUUGAUGAAAUGGGAGAAUCUAUUACGAAUCAAGAAAUUCAUCAAAAAAAAGUAUUGGAAAUUGAUCUUGUGCCUUGGAUUAAAAGAACUUUCACUGAAAAUAUAAUGUUAUUAACAACAAACAGACCAUCUAAUAUAUUAUUGAAUUAUUAUAAAAUCAGUAAAAAAGAUUCCAACAUAAUUAAAACUGCUGAUGAUGAAUAUUUAGAUGGUUCAAAAGAUGCACUAGUUUGUAUGAGAUAUUAUGCAAUGGUUCCUUCAUAUAUACGCAAUUUGCCAUUGAUAAAGAUUUAUUCAGAUUAUUUAUUAAACAAAUAUUCAUCAAGAAAAGAAUAUCUUUACAAUUUAAUCAAUGAACAUAGGGAUAAAAUUGAAAAUAUUAGUGAUAAAGAAAACCUGACACCUGAUAUGUUGAAUAU